AUGCCCUCCCGCCCGCGCUCCUCUGCCCCCCCCUCCCUCUCGUACGGGCACCCUUCACGCCCCUGGGCCGCCCGCCUCGACCCCCCCCCGUCCAACUGCCGACCCCGUGCCUUCCUGCACACGCGACCGCCUGGCUGCGCACUCGCCCUCAUGUUCGCCCUCACUCCGCGCUCCACCCCCGCUCUCCCGCUGUACCCUGCGCCCCUCCCCCAGACUUCCCGGCCCCCGCGCGCGCAUGCUCCUGCGCUCCUCGAUGUUCCUCGCUCUCUGGCCGGCGCCGUCCACCAUCCCGGCGGCCCCCCUCUACAGCCCGCCUCCCCCGCGCGCCCCUGUUACCCCGUGCACCGCGGCCACCAAGCCUACUCCCUAAUGCGCCCCCCGCCGCAAACCCACUACAUUCCCCCCCCCUCCGGCGACUCCCGCCCCCCCCCCCCCCCGCAAGCCCAGGUGCCGCUCCGUGCUAGGUCCGGCACCGCCGCCUGCCCUGCGCCUCCUGCCCCUCCUUCACCGCCCCCCCCCGCCCUCCGCUGGCCGACCGCCCUCCCUCCCCCCCUCCGGCUACCACGCGCGUAUCUUCCCGCCCUCCCCCUCCUCGGCAACCUCCCUGGUAACCCCUCCGUCUUGCCCCCCUGUCCAGCCCCUCCCCCCCACGCCCUCCCCCGGCUAGCGCCCUCCGCCACGCUCGCUCCUCCUCCCCUUCUCGCAGGCCCUCCCUCCCCCCUUCACCUCCACCGCCGUCCCGUUCCCCGCACCACUGUCGCCGCAUCCGUGGUCCCCGCUCUCAUCGAACUUCCUUCCUAUCCCCCGGGCCCCCCCCCCCCUGCCGCGCCCCUCCCUGCUACCCCCCCCCUUCCCCCGCUCUGCGUGUUGCCUCUCGCGCACCCCCCCCGCACGCCUCCUCGCCACUCCGCCCCCGCACUUCGCACCGCACCCCUCCUCCCCCUGUGCCUCCUCCCCGUUGCCGGGCCCACCGCCCCACCCCUCCGUCUGCCGCCUGCGCCGCCGCGCGCCCUCGUCUCUCGCCCCCCCCUCAUCAGGACCGGGCCAUCCCGGCUUCCCCCGCUCCGGCCACCUCCCGCGCCGCCCCCCUGGGCUGCGCGCCCGCCCACCGCGCAGGGCCGUUCGACUCUGACCCCCCCAGACGAUCCCUCGCGCCCUCGAGCUGCUCCGGUGCACCUCCCUUCCCCGGCCGCCCGCCGUUUUCCCUCCCCCCAACCUCCUCGCCCCACUCCCCCCUCUUCGCUCCUCGCCCCCCCCGCUGGCCAGAGACCUCCGCCGCGCGGCGUUCCACUUCCUCCCAGCCGCUUGCACUCCCCCCCCUCCUGUUCCGGCUCCCCUGCCGCGUCCACAGGCCUCUUCUAA